AAUGUUACACCACACCUGAGUGGGCGGAGUCAGACUUUAAAAGGCUUCCUCUGAAGCUUCCUCCUGCUCUUUGCUUUGGGAAGAACGGAAUAAUCUUCCAGCUACAGUAAGAGACGACUGCAUAAAGCAGUGUGCUGAUCUGAGCCACAAUGCCAGCGCCUGGUGUGUGUUUAAACAUCUUAUCGGAGCGUCAUCUCAAAGAUGGACAGGGAUCUCCCAACAAUCCUGAGAAGUUCCUGGAUCAGGACUUCCACCGGCUCAAGCAGUUCUGCCAGAAGGAAAGACUGAGAUUCGUAGACAACUUGUUCCCGCCAGAGAUGAAAUCGAUCGGUUUGGGUCCCUUGAAGCGUGAAGACCUCUGGAGAGUUGUGUGGAAAAGACCACAUGAACUGGUGCCAAACCCUGUUUACAUUGUUCAAGGAGCUUCGAGGUUUGAUUUCAUCCAGGGCCGAUUAGGUAACUGCUGGUUUCUGGCAUCCGUUGGAGCUCUUACGUUUCAAGAACAAAUCAUGAAGCAUAUUAUCCAUGAUGAACAGAAUUUCUCUGUGGAUUAUGCAGGAAUAUUUCACUUUAAGUUCUGGAGGUUUGGAUCAUGGGUGGAUGUGGUUAUUGAUGACAAGCUCCCAACGGUUGACGGCCGACUCGUCUUUGUUCAGUCCAAAACACCAAAUGAAUUCUGGCCUGCUUUGCUGGAGAAAGCUUAUGCUAAAGUGUGUGGCUCUUAUGCGGAUAUGGAUGCGGGAAGCAUAUCUGAAGCUCUCAUGGACUUCACCGGUGGCCCACACAUGAACAUUAAACUAAGUCAAGAUUCAGGAAAGCUGUGGGACGCCAUGAGACGAGCCAGCCAAUCAGAAUCCCUGAUGGGAUGUGGUACUCCUGGAGGGCAGGCAGGUCUUCUGCAGAAUAACGUGUUGCCCAAUGGCCUUGUGGAAAUGCAUGCGUACACGGUCACAGGAGUCACAGAGGUUGUAUGUAAAGGCCGCCCAGUGAAGCUGGUGAGGAUCUUUAACCCUUGGGGUCACGGAGAGUGGAACAGAGACUGGAGUGAUGGAUCCCCUUUGUGGGAUCUUGUACGGCCUGAGGACCAAAAACACAAAGUUGUGCUUGACAAUGGAGAAUUCUGGAUGUCACUGGAUGAUUUCUGCAGGAAUUUUUCAGAUAUGGAUAUAUGUUGUUCAGACGUGAACGUUUUUACUGGAUCUCAUUCUUCAUCCUGGAAAACUGAAGUGCACAAAGGCCAGUGGGUGUUAGGAACAACAGCGGGCGGCUGCUCAAAUGACAUAGACCGUUUUUCAAGAAAUCCCCAGUUCCGUGUGACUCUUAAGGAGAGUGCUGAAGACACCAGAGAUGAAAACUCUCCAAAUCUCCUGGUGUCUCUCAUUCAGAAAUCUCACAAGAGAAACAGGCACUUGGCAACCAAUUUUCAUAUCGGCUUUAACAUUUAUGAGAUUCCAGCUCAUUUAAAGGACCAAAGUGGAAAAUUCCCUGCCUCGUUCUUCAGAAACGCCCGUCUCGCUGGAAAAAACGAAUCCUACAUCAAUGCUCGGGAAAUCAUAGAGUUUUUCCGAUUCAAAGCAGGCGAAUACCUCAUCGUUCCUUCAACUUUCAAGCCAAACGAAGCUGCAUCCUUCCUUCUGACAGUCUAUUCAAAGACAGAAGCCAUCAUUGAAGACAGUUCUGGAUAUGGCAUGACAAGAACAAAGAUUAUUCCCAGGGAUAAUGAUGAAUCCUUCCAGCUCUUUCCUCAAUAUGCAGAUAAGUAUGGAGAGGUGGACGCUGAGCGACUUCAGAGACUUCUGAAUGAGAAUCUUCAUGCAGGACAUUCACAGAAAACAGCAGGAUUCAGCUUGGAUUUGUGUAAGAGCAUGGUGGCGCUGAUGGAUCUCAGUGUCACUGGAAGGCUGAGUGAAUUUGAAUGCCUCCGUUUGUGGAAACGAGUGGUUUUUCUAAAGGACAUUUUCUAUGGCAUGGAUGUUUCGCACACUGGAAGUCUGUCUCUGAAUGAACUCACAAAUGCUCUUAAGGUUGCAGGGUUUGUAUUGAGUGACAGUAUGCUGAAUCUCAUGGCUGUACGAUACGGGGACUCCGGUGGUGAAAUUACACUAGAAAACUUUGUUGCACUUGUCCUGCGGAUGGAUUGCAUGGCCAAAACAUUCAAGAGACUCUCUGCUGGAGGGCCAAACAUGAUGCUGGGAGAAAAUGAAUGGAUGCAUCUCACCAUGUACUCAUGAUCCAGAUGAGACUGAGAAAAUGGAUCCUGGACGGACUUCUGAAACAUACAUACAACAACAAAUUACACAAAUCUAAGACUUAAAUGCAAGUUUGCCUUCAUACUUUAUACAUUUUGCAUAAUGCAGGCUUGUUAUCUAUAAUUUAUAUGAUUUUGCAUAAGGUGAUCAAUAGCAAAGUUUGUUUAACUAAAGUUUUCAGUCAGAAACUCUAUAAUUGAUGACACUAAUCUAGUUUGGCUUUUUUAACUAGAUGAACAAACCUGCAGUUAGGAAAAUCUGUUUGCUGUACUGUACUACAUACUGUACGUUUCACAACCAAUAAAUCAAUACUCAGUACCUCACAA